CAUGUGACAUGCUGGGACAAGGUUAAAGAUCGUUUUAUCCUUGCUGUAAAAGCUGAUCUGCCUGUAGCUGCCACAGCCUCCAGCGGUGGCUACAGUUGAAACCCUCACACCACGCAGGAAGAGGUCAUCAUCAUGUCGGACGAUUUCUUAUGGUUUGAAGGCAUAGCUUUCCCUACUAUGGGUUUCAGAUCCGAAACCUUAAGAAAAGUACGUGAUGAGUUCGUGAUAAGGGAUGAAGAUGUAAUAAUAUUGACUUACCCCAAAUCAGGAACAAACUGGUUGGCUGAGAUUCUCUGCCUGAUGCACUCCAAGGGGGAUCCCAAGUGGAUCCAAUCUGUGCCCAUCUGGGAGCGAUCACCCUGGGUAGAGAGUGAGAUUGGGUAUACAGCACUCAGUGAAACGGAGGGUCCACGUUUAUUCUCCUCCCACCUCCCCAUCCAGUUAUUCCCCAAGUCUUUCUUCAGUUCCAAGGCCAAGGUGAUUUAUCUCAUGAGAAAUCCCAGAGAUGUUUUGGUGUCUGGUUAUUUUUUCUGGAAAAACAUGAAGUUUAUUAAGAAACCAAAGUCAUGGGAAGAAUAUUUUGAAUGGUUUUGUCAAGGGACUGUGCUAUAUGGGUCAUGGUUUGACCACAUUCAUGGCUGGAUGCCCAUGAGAGAGGAGAAAAACUUCCUGUUACUGAGUUAUGAGGAGCUGAAACAGGACACAGGAAGAACCAUAGAGAAGAUCUGUCAAUUCCUGGGAAAGACGUUAGAACCCGAAGAACUGAACUUAAUUCUCAAGAACAGCUCCUUUCAGAGCAUGAAAGAAAACAAGAUGUCCAAUUAUUCCCUCCUGAGUGUUGAUUAUGUAGUGGACAAAGCACAACUUCUGAGAAAAGGUGUAUCUGGGGACUGGAAAAAUCACCUCACAGUGGCCCAAGCUGAAGCCUUUGAUAAAUUGUUCCAAGAGAAGAUGGUAGAUCUUCCUCGAGAGCUGUUCCCAUGGGAAUAACGUCCAAAACACUCUGGGUCUUAUAUGGAGAAUGACAUUGAUUCUCCUGUCCUUGUACAUGUACCUGACUGGGGUCAUUGCGUAAGACUUAUUAUUUUAUCCUGAAACCUUAAAUAUCAAACCUCUGCAUCUCUGAUCCCUUCCUUGUUAAAAGUUACCAGGGUUGGCCAGCCGCGGUGGUUCAUGCCUGUAAUCCCAGCACUAUGGGAGGCCGAGACGGGCGGAUCACAAGGUCAGGAGAUUGAGACCAUCCUGGCUAACACGGUGAAACCCCGUCUCUACUAAAAAUACAAAAACCAAAAAAAAUUAGCCAGGCGCAUUGGCUCAUGUCUGUAAUCCCAGCACUUUGGGAGGUCGGGGGGGUGGGGGAGGAUCACGGGGUCAGGAGAUCGAGACCAUCCUGGCCAACAUGAUGAAACCCUAUCCCUACUAAAAAUACAAAAAUUAGCCGGGCAUGGUGGUGCACGCCUAUAGUCCCAGCUACUCGGGAGGCUGAGGCAGGAGAAUCGUUUGAACUCAGGAGGCAGAGGUUGCAAUGAGCCAAGAUCGCGCCACUGCACUCCAGCCUGGGCGACAGAGCGAGACUGUCUCAAAAAAAAAGAAGUGACUAGGGUUCAGAGAACCAGGGUUCAAAGCCCAGGGAUGCAAAGGUUGUAGUGAGCUGAGUCAUGGGAUCCCAGACUUUUUUAAAUGUUUGCAAUAUUUCCCGUUUACAGAAUGCUACAAGAAUAAUGUACGUACUACCUAAAAGGAUGUCUAAAUGUUUGUUAAUAAAAAUAAGAAAUAGCUACAGUGACAGAUUUUAGAGCAAAAAUUAGUAAUAAAAAUAAGAAAUAAAAUUA